AUGGCUGGCCGACGGAGUCUUCUGUCACUGGCGUCUCGCACCAGCUCCCCAGUUCCACGCCUGCAAACCGGCACCUCAUUCCUCGACUCCAUCACCCCAGCAUCCCGUCGCUGCAAAUCCACAAAUUCCACCUCUGCUCUGGCCUACAAAGCCCUUCAUCGACGGUCACCUCUCCCACUCCCCGUCUCCGACACUUCGCCCCAGUAUGGCGCCGCUGCCGCUGUCUCCUCCAUCCUCUACGAGACCCCUGUUGCUUCUCAAGCGCCUCCCAAAAAACACGUUCUGAACUGCUUGGUCCAGAACGAACCUGGUGUGCUAUCGCGAGUAUCAGGUAUUCUCGCAGCUCGAGGUUUCAACAUUGAUUCUCUUGUCGUCUGCAACACCGAGGUAUCCGACCUGUCUCGAAUGACCAUCGUUCUCCAAGGUCAGGACGGCGUCGUUGAGCAGGCCCGCCGACAACUCGAGGAUUUGGUGCCUGUGUGGGCCGUUCUCGACUACACCUCAGCUGCUCUCGUGCAGCGCGAGUUGUUGCUGGCCAAGAUCUCCAUUUUGGGUCCCGAGGUCUACGAGGAGCUUAUGGAGCAUCAUCGUGAAAUCACAAGCCCCGAGAGCGAAUACGGAUCUGAGCAGGUUGAUAACAUUGAAGAGAACGCCGAGAAGAGACUCCAAGAGCUGGAAGAGGGCAAGAGCGAAGAUCAGUCGUUCUUACAACGAGCUCGUGAGAUGCUCGGUCAAGAGCCGAGCUACCAUCCAAGUGGCCUUGCCGCUAGCCAGGCUCUUCGUCACAAGCACGAGCAUCUUGAGGCUAUUACCCAUUUGACCCAUCAAUUCGGUGGUAAGGUUCUUGAUAUCAGCACCAAUAACUGCAUUGUCGAAGUAUCCGCCAAGCCAAGUCGAAUUGACUCUUUCGUCAAACUAAUUGCACCAUUCGGUAUUCUCGAGUCGACCAGGACGGGUCUCAUGGCCCUUCCCCGUUCGCCUCUGUAUGGACCCGACGAGGAUCUGCAACGGGAUGCUGAUGAGGUUGUUGAUGCAAGCGCCCUCCCUCCCGGAUAA